CAAAACAUUACCGAGCUCGAUCACAGCUGUCAUCGAAGUCGGUUACAACACCCGCUAUAUAAUAACUACCGCAUGAAGUAACGGAAAAAAGUUUAGACGAAUAAAUUUACACCACCAUGGCUGAUAACAGUCUACCGUAUAACAUUGAAGAUUUCACACGCAUCGAGUGUACCGGUGAAAAAUUCUCCCAUAAAUACCGACUGCAUUUCAAAUGCUUUUCUGUAAAAGUUUCUGAAUUAGAAAAAGUGCCGUUUUCGGAAGUACCAGUUGUAAUAACGCUUAUUUUGGAGCAUAUAUUAGACACUCUUUUGGAAGACGUGGGACCAGAUGAAAUGGUGGUACAGGAUGAUGACGGUAACGAAUGGGUGUUUCCGGCGGAAGACGCACCUUUGGGCGGUGAUGUGACUGAUGCAUUAUGUACCUUCUUGUUCAACGAAGAGCACAGAGAUCACUUCAUCAUUGCCCAUAAUUUUAAAUCGUUCGAUGGCUAUUUCAUACUCAACUGGCUACUAAAAAAUGGAGUGGUUCCAAAAGUCAUUCUCAAUGGUGGCAAAAUUCUACAGCUGGAUGUACCUUUGCUGAAUAUACGUUUCCGGGACAGCAUUAAUUACAAUCCUCAGAGCCUCGCAAAAUGGCCGGCAACUUUUGGGUUACCAGACAUCAGCAAAGGGACUUUCCCACAUCGCUUCAACCGCAAAGAAAACUGGGAUCAAGUUGUUCCCUUUCCGUCGAUGGAUGAGUACGGUUAUCAAGGAAUGAAUACCAAGUCCAAAGACUCAUUCCGAGAAUGGUAUGAAAAAGAAAAAAUGGAGAAGAACAACAUUUUUGAUUUCCGUCAAGAAUUCGUACAGUACUGCAAGAUGGACGUUACUGUUUUACGGUUAUGUUGCCAGCAGUUUAGAAAACUGUUUCAAGGAAUAAGCAAAGGGCUGUGCCCCUUCGUCUCGUCCUUAACAAUUGCCGGUUUGUGCAACAAGUACUGGCGCACAUUCAUGCUGAAACCAGAACAGAUUGGACUGUUACCACACGGUUUAAACGCAAGAAAUCGCCACCAGUCAGUAAAGGCCAAGAAAUGGCUGUCCUGGAUGGAAGAGGACGGAAAUUGUGAGAUCCAAUCGGUCAUCAACGGUUCCGAGCACAACAUUGGACCAUACCAUGUCGACGGUUACAGAGAUGAUAUUCACAUGGUUUAUGAAUUUUACGGCUGCAGGUUUCAUGGCUGCCCAAAAUGCGUCGCCCCAACAACCCUGCACCCUUUCCGUGACAUACCAAUGUCCGAAAUUCAUAAAGAGACGCUCGAUCGCGAGGAGUACAUUCGAGGACAAGGAUACAAUCUGACUUGCAUUUGGGAGCAUGAGUUUGAUGAAGAACUGAAAUCAAAUCCUGAAAUGAAAGCUUUGUCUCCCGCCUGCAGUUCAUGGACCGAUUGGACCCGCGCAACGCUUUCUAUGGUGGUCGAACGAAUGCGGUUAAACUUCUCCACAAAGUAG